AACUUUCUACGUUGGUUGAAUGACCCAGGAUUCAUCAUGUCAUUUUUUAAUUUCCGUAAAAUAUUUAAAUUGGGAGCUGAGAAGAAGAAGAAACAGUAUGAACACGUCCGCAGAGAUGAAAACCCAGAGGAAAUAUGGGACAUGAUCGGUGAAUUGGGGGAUGGAGCCUUUGGAAAAGUCUUCAAGGCUCAGAACAAACAGACGGGCAUCCUAGCUGCAGCCAAAGUUAUUGACACUAAGACAGAGGAAGAGCUGGAGGACUACAUGGUGGAGAUCGACAUUUUGGCCUCCUGCGACCACCCAAAUAUUGUCAAACUGCUUGACGCUUUCUAUUAUGAGAGCAAACUCUGGAUCCUCAUAGAGUUCUGUGCAGGAGGGGCUGUUGAUGCAGUCAUGCUAGAACUGGAGAGACCCCUGACGGAGCCUCAGAUCAGGGUGGUGUGUAAGCAGACUUUGCAGGCCCUUGUCUACCUCCACGACAACAAUAUCAUACACAGAGACCUGAAGGCUGGCAACAUCCUCCUCACACUGGACGGUGACGUCAAGCUGGCUGAUUUUGGUGUGUCUGCCAAAAACACCAAAACACUACAGAGGAGAGACUCUUUCAUUGGAACACCUUACUGGAUGGCCCCAGAGGUGGUGAUGUGCGAGACGUCCAAGGAUCGUCCAUACGACUACAAGGCUGAUAUCUGGUCACUUGGGGUCACCUUGAUUGAGCUGGGGCAGAUUGAGCCACCCAAUCAUGAGAUGAACCCAAUGAGAGUCCUGCUGAAAAUAGCAAAGUCGGAUCCUCCUACCCUGAUGCAGCCGUCACGCUGGUCCCCAGAAUUCAAUGAUUUCUUAAAACGGUGUCUGGACAAGCAUGUGGACAACAGAUGGAGUGCAGCACAACUGCUACAGCAUUCUUUUGUGUCCAGCGUGUCAGACAACAGGCCAGUGAGGGAGCUCAUAGCUGAAGCGAAGGCUGAAGUCACCGAGGAAAUUGAAGAGCACAAAGAGGAGGAAGAGGAGGAAGAGACAGAAGCACAUCUGGGCCACAAACGAGCUCCCUCUGAUGCCAGUGUUGCCAGUUCAGAGGAUGAGAAGAUACCCCUAUCUCCCUCCAUCUUGGAGUCAGUCCCAGAGAAGGUCGAGCCUAUUCUGCCCUUGCCCAAACCCACACCUGCAGAGCUCCCUGUGGCCAACCAUGUUGUGAGCACUAGCUUUGUGGAGGAGCCCACUGCCCCUGUAGCUAGGGAGCUCAAAGAGGAGACCUCAAACAUACCAGUUGGUGAAGGAGUGGAAGAACAGAAACCAGAGGAGGAAAAGUUUCCAGAAGGAGGAGACGAUGUUGCCUCCUCAGACGCAGAGGCUUCACCAGAGGCACCUGUUAAGGAAAUGCAGCAACUGGAGAUUGCUGUUGACGAUGAAAAAGAAGUGGAUACAGCUGAUGUUCCUGCCGAUACAGAGGCCAGGACAGAGAUUUCAGUCAGUGAGGCUCCUCAGGAGAAUGUGGCCGUUGUGGAGGAAUCAAACACACCAGCUGAGGAGGUGGAGGACCAGUACAAACAUCUAAAGGUGACAUUGACACUACCAGAACAAGAUAGAAUUGUUCCAAAGGAAGAGAAUGGAGAAAAACCCACAGAGAAGGAUAAAAUUGAUAUAGAAGAGGAGAAGACGGUUCCAGACAGAGCAAAGGAUGACAAAGAGAGAGACUCCGACUCUGGGAGUGGCUCAGCUGCAGAUAAUAGCAGUGUAGACCUCAAUCUGUCUAUCUCAAGCUUCCUGUCCAAAACAAAAGAGCCUGGAUCUGUUUCUAUACAGGACACCAAACGUCAGAAGAAGACGUUGAAAAAGACUCGUAAGUUUAUGGUGGAUGGAGUGGAAGUGAGUGUGACUACGUCAAAGAUCGUCACUGACAAUGAUACCAAGAACGAGGAGAUGAGAUUCCUCAGGCGCCAGGAGCUGAGGGAGCUGCGUCUACUGCAGAAAGAGGAGCAGAGGGCCCAACAGCAGCUCAGCAACAAACUGCAACAGCAGAAAGAGCAGAUCUACCGGCGUUUUGAACAGGAGACCACAAGUAAGAAGCGUCAGUACGACCAGGAGGUGGAGAAUUUGGAGCGGCAGCAAAAGCAGACCAUCGAGAGGCUGGAACAAGAACACACCAACCGGCUAAGGGAUGAAGCCAAACGCAUUAAAGGAGAGCAAGACAAAGAACUCUCUAAGUACCAGAACAUGCUGAAAAACCGCAAGAAAGAGGAACAAGAGUUUCUUCAGAAGCAGCAGCAGGAUCUGGACAGCGCUCUGAAGAAAAUUAUCCAGCAACAUAAACAUGAACUCGCCACUAUCGAGAGGGACUGCCUCAACCACAAACAGCAGCUUCUCCGUGCACGAGAGGCUGCCAUGUGGGAGCUGGAAGAGCGCCAUCUGCAGGAGAAACACCAGCUGUUCAAACAGCAGCUCAAAGACCAGUACUUCAUGCAAAGACAUCAGCUACUGAAGAGACACGAGAAGGAAAUGGAGCAGAUGCAGCGCUACAACCAACGUCUGAUUGAAGAGAUGAAGAACAAGCAGACACAGGAGAGAACCCGAUUGCCCAAGAUUCAGCGCAGCGAGGCCAAGACACGCAUGGCCAUGUUCAAAAAGAGCCUUCGCAUCACUGGAGCAGCCAUCACUCCUGAGCAGGAGAGGGAGAAGGUCAAACAGUUUGCAGCACAGGAAGAGAAGAGGCAGAAGAAUGAGAGGCUUCACCAGCAUCAGAAACAUGAAAACCAGAUGAGAGACUUGCAGCUGCAGUGUGACGCCAACAUUCGAGAGCUUCAGCAGCUACAGAAUGAGAAGUGCCACCUGCUGAUUGAACAUGAGACCCAGAAGCUGAAGGAGUUAGAUGAGGACCAUAGCUUGGAGCUGAAGGAGUGGAGGGAGAAACUACGACCCCGGAAGAAGGCCCUGGAGGAAGAGUUUGCCAGGAAGCUGCAGGAACAGGAAGUGUUCUUCAAGAUGAGUGGCGAGUCAGAGUGCCUUAACCCCUCCACCCAGAGCCGCAUCUCCAAGUUCUACCCCAUCCCCAGCGUACACUCCACUGGGUUCUAGAAGAAACCUGCAUACAUAUGCAGUGAUGUGCAUGUGGACAGGAGCACACACACACCAACAGUAGAGACAGAGUCUGUGCUGCCUUGCCCUCAUCCUUUGAGAACUGUUGGAGGAUGUAAAAAGCAUUUCUGUUUUUGGACUCUGUUCCUCAGUAUGCAGCGCUGCUCUGCAACUUCCUUCUACUCUUUAUGUCAGACUUUCACACUAUUGUAGUCAUUUCGAAGGAGAAUUAUGAAGGAGAUUUUCAGAUUGUGUAUUGCGUCAUGACCUCAAAACCACUUAAGUAAGUAGCUCUGUCCAACCUUCUUUUUGUGAUUGAAUUGUUUUUGUAAGAAUCAGUGCCUGUAGAAUUUGAUGCUUUUAAAUCCAAGUGAUUGAUGAUAAAAUUAUUUGCUGCUCAACUGUUCUCUCAUUCAGACAUUUGCACUUAAGAACAGAUAGCAUUUUUUUACCUCUUAAACACAAUGAUGACUAUUUAAUUUGGUUAAAUAUGAAAUAGGAACCAUAUCAAACGGUGUAUUUUUAUGAAAUCAUAUCUCAGAGUUUUAGAUUGUGCUAAAGGUUAAAAUAACCAGUCUAAUACAUGAUUUCAAAGCAAACUUUAGGAACAAAACUUUUUUCUAGCAGGAAUGAUCAGGUUUCUCCUCAGAUUGCCUUCCUGUCUUGAGCACAAGGCUUGAGGCAAGAUGGAAACAUGUUUGUUGCAGGCAGUCAAAGGAGAUGUGGAGAUGAUGUUUACACACAUACUGUUGAUUGGACACUAAGGAAAUCACUGUGGUGGCAGAAACAAAGGCUGUCGAACAAGCAUUUAUGUACCUGACAGUUGGUCUGGUUUGUAUUUUUUUAGGUAAUACCACUUUAUUAUUGUCAAGCAAAAGGUUAUGUAUCUAUACGCACAUUAUUCAGGGAUGAAUAAAAAAUGCAAUGUUUAAUGAUGUCUGUAAAAUCUGGAAGUGAUGUCACAUUUAACAUUUUCUUGACUGUUCUAAAACUUCAGACAGCGUUCAGUUCAGCUGUUCAGUUCAGGUGAAUUAGAAACCACCUAAUCUGUAGUUACAGAUGAUGAUGCCUCCUUUUUAUUUGCUUUGGUUUUCUCCUUUGCCUCCGCAUAAGGUAUUUUGCUACCAUGUGUAUCAUGAGUAGACCUGCAUGGUUCCUCUUCUUUUUAUUGAAAUAAUACAGAUUUCAUCGUCAUGCUAGCUAAUAGCCUUAAUAUGUCGAGAAGCUGUAAGGAUAUACUGUAUACGUGAUAUGUCCGCCUUCAAAGAUUUUGGUCAAACUUAAGGUUGUAUGCCAGAUGGCCCAGUAAAUGUUCUCAUCUAUGACUGUAUUUAGAAUGAUUGCAUCUGUAUUCAAAGAAACAAAAACAGAAUAAGAUCUUUGCACAGGUUUGGUUUUUUUUUAAUUUAGGCUGAUGUAUUGAUGCAGUGGUAAAAACAAACAUGAACCUGACUGGUUUUGGCCAUCUAGACUUCUGAUUGGUUAAUUUUAUCAUCUCAUUUCUUUGUGUUUGGCUACUGACAGUCAUGGUUAGUUAAAGAUAUUUAAUACCUAAACUGUUCAGAACAAAAACAGUGAAGGAAUGAUGUGCUCCUUUUACAAAACAUUCUCAGUAGCUAUUUAUAUGCAAAUGUGUCACCCACGCUGCUGCAUCUGUGCUGUAGCUCAUUCACUCAAUUUGCAGCAUACAAAAAAUUACACCAUCUUUAAAUUGCUUCUUGUCUUGUUGGUAAUCAGAUUCACCAUGAAUCUUAGUAAAUUGAUUAAAUUCUGAAUGUUGAAUGAAAAAGAAUUGAUAUCCAUAUCAAAAUCAUUAUGCAUUUUUUUUAAAAAGCAAAUGUAGUUUGGAGUUUUUAGACUGUGUAAUGUAGAUUUUCAUUUUGCUGUAAAUAAACAUUUUCCUCUUUACUACA